AUAUAAUUUUCACAUAUUUCAAUUCCCCCUUGUGGGAACAAUUUUUUAAUUUUAAGCAUGUGUAUCGUUCAAAAUGUGUAUCGUUUAGUAUUAAAUUGUGGUAAUUUCCCUAUCAAUUAAUUUCUAUAAAUUAUAAACAUGAUGUGUAUGUCAAAUUGUAUUAUCACGAACGCGCAAUCUUGCCAAAUUGUCGGAAAAUUUAAAAGUUGAUGAAACGCUUUGGGGCUGGCCGAUUCUGGGUUGUGAAAAUUUACUUAUAAAAUAUUGUUGUUAAAAACAAGAACAUAUUUUACACACUUUCUGUAAAUCUCGUUUUUGUUGAAAGUGAAAUAAAUUGCGCUAAAUGGUAUUGUCCACUCGUCAGUUACUUAAAGCCUUGUUGCCCAUAAAUUCAGGUACACAGGAGUAGCCUUUCGAACAUCGUUUAGAGCAACUUUAUUUUCUGUCCGUAUGAUGGUGUCUGAUCCGAUAAUCAAUCAGAAGCAUCCGCUUUCAGAGGAUGAUGAGAAUAUUGUAACUAAGAAACUUUGCAUAGAGCCAAGGGUCAAAAGAAAAAAAUGUGCCAUAUUAUUGGCAUACUCUGGACAAGGAUAUUUAGGUUUACAGAGAAAUAAGGGUGUCAAGACAGUUGAAGAAGAAUUGUUGCUUGCAUUAAAAUCAAAAAAUUUAAUUACCGAUGAAGGUUUUGAACAAAUUCAAACUAUGCAAUUUCAACGUGCUGCUAGAACUGAUAAAGGAGUAUCUGCUCUGCGACAAAUAAUUUCACUUUUAUUACCCGAAGAUGUAGAUAAACAAGUUAUUAAUUCAGCUUUACCGGAACAAAUUAGAGUUCUAGACAUCAGAAGAGUAACCAAAGGUUUCAACAGUAAGAAUUCUUGUGAUGGACGAACAUAUUCGUACACAUGUCCAACUUUUGCUUUUGCACCAUCAGAAGCUACUAUUGAUUUUAAUUAUCGAAUUGAUGCCACUGUUAUUGAUAGAAUAAAUGAAGUUGUUAAGAGUUUCUUAGGAUGCCACAACUAUCAUAAUUACACUUCUAAAAAGAAACCAGGUGAUCCAAGUGCUCAAAGGUAUAUGGUUAGUUUUUACUGUGAUAAACCAUAUGAAAAAGAUGGUGUUGAAUUAAUAUCAUUAUAUGUUAGAGGACAAAGUUUUAUGCUUCAUCAGAUUCGUAAAAUGGUUGGUGUGAUCAUUGCUAUUUGCCGAGGUGUAGCCAAGCAUGAUGUAAUAGAACGUGCAUGGCAACCUGAUCGUCUUGAUUUACCUAUUGCUCCAGGUUUAGGCUUGGUAUUAGAAGAAGUUCAUUAUGAUAAGUAUAAUGGAAAAUUUGGCAAUGAUGGUAUGCAUGAGCGUUUAGAUUUUGUUGAGCUCAAUGAUCAAGUAUCUGAAUUUAGAGCUAAAUACAUCCUACCAACCAUUAUCAAAGUAGAAAAAGAAGAAAGCUCUAUGCAAUUAUGGCUUGAACAGCUACCAUUACAUACAUUUGAAGUACGUACAGAGCAUCGUCACUUGCGAACAGAUAUAAACGAAGUAAAUAGUCCAGGAUUAGCAUCUUUACAAGCGGCUGCUGAAUUAAUUGAAAAAGAGGAACAGCAUGCCAUUGAUACAAAUGGAGAAGUACCGCCUGAUAAUCUUUCAACACUUGCAGAUGCUGCUCAAGCAAUGAGUUCAGAUAAUAAUUAAGUUUGUAAGUUGAUUGAGAAAGGAGUGUACUACAUUAAUACUAGCAUAGAUUUAAUAUAUAUUUAUGUGUACAAUGUUUAAUAAUGAAUGAUAGCAUCUAGUUUGAACAAAAAAAAAACAAUUCAGCUAUAUGUCAGAUAAUUAAUAAAAAAUAAAAAUAAUAACAACUAAUUAUGUAGUUAUUAUUCUAUCAACUCUAAUAUGUUAAAACAAACAAAAUUAAAAUAACCCUUUAAAUUUGGAUCAAUAUCAUUAAUUGAUGAUUAAAACAAUUUAAUUAAAAACAUAAAUUUAUUAAAAGAACCACAUUCAUUAAAAUUAAGUCAUGGAGCAUCUUGAGUUAAUUCGCCCCAAAAUGAAUUUAAAAAUUGAAGUAGUUCCUCAAUUUUAAUUUAAAAUGCUCAAAAUAUUAGCAUUCUGCUAUCAAGCUUCCAUUUUUUUUAUUUUUAGUCAUAAUUUUUUUAUUUGAAUUUUCUGUAUCGGCCCAUAUUGUGUGUACCUACUAUUUUAUUUAUAUUUUAACAACAGAAACAUGAGUUCCAAGUAUUUUUAAAUUUUAGAAUUUUGAUCUGAAUAUUCAUUGAAAAAAUCCAUUAUUGUACCUCGAUUUGUAUUUGAGCAUGUUCUCAGACCUGGUUUAUGGAUACAAGAUGAUUUCUAUUGUUUUUUGUAUGUCCACCAAGUGUUAAAUUUCCCAUAUCAUAAAAGACAAAAUCAAUUGUUCUCAACUAUUUUUUCAAAACCUUUCUACAAAAAAAAAACAUAAACAUUCCUUGCAUUAAAAUCUCAUAAAAAAAUUGUAUAAUAUUACUUAGCAUUGUGAAGGUCCAAAGUACUAAUUAAUAUAGUUAUGUCCCUAUAAUAAUUUGAGUAACUGCAAGCUUUACAAGUAAUAAUUAAUUUACUUUAAAAUCCAGGAUUAUAAGAAUGUAAUGAGACUUCUAAAGUUAAAUGUCUUCAUUGAACAUGUUUAAUGAAUUAAAGUUUAUUAAGUCUUCUCUAAUUACAUACAAAUUAAAUAAUGUUCACUGAAUAGAUACAAAAAAAAUAAUCCAUUUUCAAAUGUGCAUGUGCUCUGUUGAGCAUGCCAUAUUAUUAAAAUGUAUGGUACAAUAAGGUUUGACAAUUAAUUCAGCAAUACAAUUUUCAUCAAACUUCUCACUUUUGAAUUUUCUCUAUGCUGCCUAAGGGCUAAGUACCAUUUCUUAUAUCAAUAGGAAGAGACACAUUUAAAUGAUCACUGUUACUUUUUAUAACUUGUAUGUACUUAUUGCGUAAUAUGCAUGAGUUGUUACUGAGGUGAGCAAGAUUUUUAUAAAACAAUUUAAGAAAGAUCAUGGAUGUGCUUUUCGUAUCAAUAAUAUCACAAAUUUAACAAUCAGAACAAGUCCCAAAAAGCACAAAUUAAAUAUAUUGAGUACUUGUAACCAGCCAUCUCUGCAAAUAACGUUCUAAAUGUGCUAAAAUGCAAAUUCAAGAGAUUCCCAUACCAAGUUUGAAAGAUGUUUAAAACAAUAUGGCUACUUUUUAAUACAAUUUUAAUUUCCAUUUAAAAUUAUUAUAACUUAUGUAGAUCUGUUCCUAAUUUAAAUAUAAUAUUAUAAUAGGAACCAAUCACUUUCCGUUUAAUUCUCUAUAUUGAAAAUUAUGGAAAAAAAAAAUGUGUGACAUAAACAAUUACAUCUAUACUAAAUAAUACUAAUAAUAAUUGGUUGCUGAACAUAGAAAUGUAAUUUAUUCUGGAACUCUGGGUGCCAAUUAUCUUUGGAAUGUAUGUACUUUACAGGUUGUGCAGUGAGGAUAUACCCAUGAAGAUGAGCCUAUUACUUUCUAUAGAGGGGGACUCGCCGCCUGGACAAAAACCAAUUUUUUGCUGUUGUACCUAUAAACUAAAAAAAAUGAUUAAUAAUCAUGAAAUUAAAAUGUUGAAAGAUCAAAAUUGUUAGAAAUGUAGUCCUUGUCCUUGUGAGUAUUAAAAAAAACAGAUUUAUGAUAUAUUUAUUAUCUUGGGAGAUACCUCCAUUGGGAAAUCCUUGCAGGACACCCUAUAUAUAGCAGAUAUCUAAAAAUAAAGACAAAACACGUUUGUUUUUCUUCUGCUAUUCAUAUAAUAAAAUCUUGCCCCUUUUUUUAAAAACUACCGCAAGAAGAUAAUUCACCUAUCAAUUGCUGAUUAUGAUAAUUGUUCUGAAAUGUAUAUUUUAUAAAUACUUAAUUAUAUAUUAUGUGUGUAAUAAAAUUAACUGUUAGGAGUAUAACUGUUGUUUUUGUACCCAACAAAAUGUUCCUAACUAAAUUAAAUUGUCUCUUUGAAUUAUUGCAAUUUUCUGGAUGUUGGUAACUAAUGAUUUUGGGUAAAUUUAAUUUGUAUAUUUGCAAUCAAUGUUAUUUUUUAUAAUGUUCAAAUUGUAAGAAAUGUAUCAAAAAUAAAUGAUGAAAAGUAUUUUGUUA